AUGGAUAGUUCAUGUCCAAGAGAAGGAGGAGCUAUGAAGCGGGUGAUUCUGAAAGUUGGUGUUGCACUUGUACUAUCGGCAACUGGUGUGAUCUUUGCGAGAGAAGUUUCGGCCAUGGAGGAAGAACUCAAGAGGGGCCAAGAUUUGGUGAUCGUGUAUAGCAAACUGGUUGGAGAAAUCCAAGAGUUGAGAUCAAAGAAUAGGCUUCUUGAGGGAGAAGCAAAGAAGCUCAGGAUAAGAGUGAAGCAAUUACACCGUGUGGUAAACCAGAAGAGCAGGAAGAGUGUUAAGAAGUUAUUGAAGUGUAUUCAUGAACUGGGGAAAAAGAAUAACUUUGUGAAGGAACUUGAAGGUCAAGUAAAAGGUUUGAAAGCCAACCUUGAUUUGUUGCAAGAGGAAAAAGAAGUAUACAUGAAAUCUUCAGAGAUGGUGAGUGUAGAAGAGCACAGAAGGGUCUUAGAAGAGAAUGAGGAUUUGAAUACGGAAGUGAGUUACCUGAGAUGGAUCAAUUCUUGUUUGAGGAAGGAGUUGAUGAGAAACGGAACUAAAUAUGAUGGCGCUCUUGCAUUGACAGUAGUAGCUGAUGGGCAUCAUGAAUGGGGGAAGAAGUUAAUGAAGAAUCUUAAGAGAUGUGUUGGAGGGCACUCUGGGACGGUGGAGCCUGAUGAAGAAGGGAUGUUUCAUUCAAGAAGAUCGUGUUCUAGCGUGUAA